GUGAACACAAAAUAAAAAGUUUGAUUGUUUUUCGUUAGUCAGUUAGUAAGUUUCGUAAGGUUAAAAUAGUUUUCCCAAGUUUGGAUCAGUUUACGUGAAUAAAUUGGGAUGCCACCAAAAAAACAAGCUCUAGCCAGACAGCUGAAAACACCAGCAAGUUUGGUUCCAAGUGGAACCGCUUCUCUUAGCGUGUAUGCUUCGGAACUAACAGGAUCUCAGGCAGAACGAUAUUUGAACAAAAUUGCUAUCAUUGGGAGCAGAGAUCCAUGUCUGUUGAAUAUGAGCACCAGCCAGAUUCCAGUUACUGUUUCCUACGAUUCAAUAAUUGACUACGUCCUUCAUAGGCAAUCUACCUACAGCGGCGCCGCUUUUCAUUGCUUCAAAGCUGUUGAAGCAAAAAAACGUUUUGAGACCGGUAUGGUCAAAUUAGUAGAAGGUGUACAGCUGGACGAUAUAAAUGUUGUACGCGGAAAGGUAGUGCACUCAAUGAGCCUCAAUGACCCGUGCCUGACUUCAUGGAUUAUUAUCAAAAAUGAAAAUAUCCUCUCUGCACACUGCGAUUGCAUAGCUGGAAUUGGAGAAGUAUGUUCGCAUGUGGGGGCAAUACUUUAUCACCUUACAUAUUUUAACCAUCAUCAUCUCACCAACUAUACCGCUUCUGUGACCGACAAAGAGCAAAGUUGGGGAAAACCAAGCAGCAGUAUUCCAGGAAAUUUACAACAGCCGAUAGGAGAGAUAGAUUUUGGGUAUCUACGGGAUACUUUUGACGAAGCAUAUGGUUGUGUACCUGUCCUUCAACAUGAUGAAUUGCGUGCUCAUUUAAACAUACUUCAGGCCACUGGUAAUGAAUGCACGGCAAUGCAAUCAUUUUGCAGUUUGACCUAUGAAUGUCAAAGGUGCCAGAAUCGAGUAGCUGAUCCGGCUUAUGGGUUACAGGACUUAUUACUCAAUACAUUGUACGGUGAAUGCUAUAGAGAAAAAAGCAUUGAAGAGUUGAGGUACAUAGCUUUGUCAAUUUACGAGUCGAAGAAAAAACAAAUUGAUGAAAAAGUGCGGCAGCAGGUGAGCAAUUCUGUAAAAAUGUCCCAAUUUCAUUUAUUUUAAUUGUUAUUUUUAAUUCGGUUGAAAAUUUGCACAGAUGUUUAUAUGAGCUAGAAAUGUCAUUUUGUGUUAUUAUCUAAUUACGACUCAUUUUUGAGAAAGGUUUACGUAGAAAUUGUAAUAUUGAGAACAAAUAUGUUAAGAGCCAGAACGGUUUGCUUGAUCGGUGUGACGUCUUCGGCUCAGUUGCAGAUAAUAAUUUUGCUCCUGAAAUAAAUAUCAAUGACUCAGCCGGAUCAAAAAUGAUCGAUUAGAAUAAUUAUCCUGUUUAUGAAAUUGCACAGGUGGAAGAAAAUACACGAGGUCAAGCAACGGAUGCGUUGUGGAAGCUGUUGCGCAUUGGAAGGAUUACAGCAUCGACACUUCAAAGUGUUCUGAGCACUAAUAUAAUGAAGCCUUCUGUUUCACUUUUAAAAACUAUCUGCUAUCCUGAUAUGUCAUAUUUUUCUACUCAGGCUACAAGGUAUGGCAAAAAAAUGGAAAUGGUCGCACUUGGACAGCUUACUAGUGUUUUAAUAAAAUGUCAUAGGGAAGCAAAAGUUUAUGAAUCAGGUUCAAUACUUCAUAAAAAUUUCCAACAACUUGCAGCUUCUCCUGAUGCUAUACUUCAAUGUGCCUGUUGCGGCAACGUGUUUAUCGAAAUCAAAUGCCCUUUUAUUUUUAGAAAUGAAAAGGUUUUCAGUAGAUUAGUUAAUUCUAAGUCGCCCUACCUUGUAAGAACACAACAUGCAUAUGAAUUAGUUUCGAACCAUAAAUACUAUGCCCAAGUUCAAAUGCAGAUUGCAGUCACAGAAUCGUAAACGGGUACUUUUAUGUUUGGACCAAAAAAGAAAAUGUAUUAAUUAGAAUAGAGAAAAAUGAACAAUUUUGGAGAGAGUCACAGCAAAAAGCUUCUUCUUUUUUCAUCGCUGUUAUUUUACCUGAAUUGCUUUGCAAAUAUUAUACCUCAAAAUAAAAAAACUAAUAACAUAUUAUAAUCAAAUUUGUCUACUUAAAAAUGAACAAAGAAAUGAAAAAUAAAUAUCAACUAGGAUUGUAUUUUAUUCACAUAUGUCAUCAGUUGACAA